GAUGGUCCAGCAGAUAGAGGCGGCAGCAUGCUGAGCGCUCCGUGCCACAUACAACUUCACCGAGCGCUGGAAGUGGACUUCUUUACCUUCAUGCCACCGCAGGGGUGACAACGCACACAAAGCCAAAGAUCAACAAUACAGCGGUCAAACAUCCCCAGUGAUCCGCUCUGCUCAGCACUAUCAGUAAGGAGAUUUAUUACACGCAACCUGAAGACAUGAGUGGCACGAAGAAGAUGGAGGAUGAGGCGGUGCUGGACCGGGGGGCGUCCUUACUGAAGCACAUCUGUGAUGAGGAGGAGGUGGAGGGCCACCACACCAUAUACAUCGGCGUGCACGUCCCCAAGAGCUUUCGACGUCGGAGGCGUCACCGUCGGAGAACCACCCACAAGGACAGAAAGGAGAGGUUGACGGAGAACGCCUUUGACAAGUCGGACACGGAAAACAACGAUGAGGCCAGCAACAGCAUCCUCAAACCUCUCAUCUCACCUGCGGCUGAGAGGAUUCGCUUCAUCCUUGGGGAGGAGGAUGACGGUCCGGCGCCCCCACAGCUCUUUACCGAGCUGGACGAGCUGCUGUCAGUGGAUGGACAGGAGAUGGAGUGGAAGGAGACGGCCAGGUGGAUCAAGUUUGAGGAGAAGGUGGAGAAAGGAGGUGAGCGCUGGAGUAAACCACACGUGGCCACACUGUCUUUACACAGCCUGUUUGAACUGAGGACCUGCAUAGAAAAAGGCACCAUCAUGCUGGACAUGGAAGCUUCCACUCUGCCUCAGGUUGUCGAGCAGAUCACCGACAACCAGAUCGAGAUCGGACAGCUGAAACCCGAGCUGAAGGACAAGGUGAUGUACACGUUGCUACGGAAACAUCGCCACCAGACCAAGAAGUCCAACCUUCGCUCUCUGGCCGACAUCGGCAAGACGGUCUCCAGUGCAAACAGUCCAACCACGACUCACCGGAACCUGACGUCCAGCAGCCUCAACGACAUCUCCGACAAACCGGAAAAGGACCAGCUGAGGAACAAGUUCAUGAAGAAGUUGCCGAGAGACGCCGAGGCCUCCAAUGUGCUGGUGGGGGAGGUGGACUUCCUGGACGCCCCCUUUGUGGCGUUUGUUCGUCUGCAGCAAGCUGUGAUGCUCGGAGCCCUGACGGAGGUUCCUGUUCCCACAAGGUUUUUAUUCAUCCUGCUCGGACCCAAAGGCAAAGCCAAAUCGUACCAUGAGAUCGGCAGAGCGAUCGCCACACUGAUGUCGGAUGAAGUCUUCCACGACAUCGCGUACAAGGCCAAGGACAGACAGGACCUGCUGGCCGGCAUCGAUGAGUUUCUGGAUGAGGUGAUCGUUCUUCCUCCUGGGGAGUGGGACCCGGCCAUCAGGAUAGAGCCUCCAAAGUCACUGCCCUCCUCAGACAAAAGGAAAAACAUGUACGCAGGAGGCGACUCUCAGAUGAAUGGAGACAUGCCUCAUGAUGGAGGUCAUGGAGGAGGAGGACACGAGAUCGGAGAGGAGCUGCAGAAGACGGGAAGGUUCUGCGGGGGUCUCAUACUUGACAUCAAAAGAAAACUGCCUUUCUUCUUCAGUGACUUCACCGACGCGAUUCACAUCCAGGCCCUGUCGGCCAUCUUGUUCAUCUACCUGGGAACCGUGACCAACGCCAUCACCUUCGGAGGUCUGCUGGGAGACGCCACAGAGAACAUGCAGGGUGUGUUGGAGAGUUUUCUGGGAACAGCCAUCGCCGGUGGAGUUUUCUGUCUGCUGGCUGGUCAACCGCUCACCAUCCUCAGCAGCACCGGGCCCGUUCUGGUGUUUGAGCGGCUGCUGUUCAACUUCAGCAGAGAUAAUCAGUUCGACUACCUGGAGUUCCGUCUGUGGAUCGGUCUCUGGUCGGCGUUCCUCUGCCUGGUGCUCGUGGCCACCGACGCCAGCUUCCUGGUCCAGUACUUCACCCGGUUCACUGAGGAGGGCUUCUCCUGUCUCAUCAGCUUCAUCUUCAUCUACGAUGCCUUCAAGAAGAUGCUCAAAUUGGCCCACCACUAUCCCAUCAACUCUGACUUUAAGAUGGAGUACGUCACGCAGUACGACUGCCUCUGCAUGGCUCCUGCUGUACUCGAAAACAGCACAGAGAUCAUUGGCGAUCCUUUAGAAGGUACCUCAGUCUGGUACUGGAACAACACAGACCUGCCGAUGAACGCCACGUGGUCGUCGCUCACGCGGGCCGAGUGCUUGAAGUACAAAGGCGAGCUGGUGGGGAAGGCCUGCGACUUCGUCCCAGACAUUACUCUCAUGUCCUUCAUCCUGUUCUUCGGCACCUACACCUGCUCCAUGUGUCUGAAGAAGUUCAAGACCAGCCCCUUCUUCCCCACCACCGUGAGGAAACUGAUCAGCGACUUCGCCAUCAUCCUGGCCAUCCUCAUCUUCUGUGGAGUCGACAUGCUCGUAGGAGUCGAUACUCCCAAACUCAUUGUGCCAAGUGAAUUCAAGCCAACGAGUCCAAACCGGGGUUGGUUCGUGCCCCCAUUUGGAGGAAACCCCUGGUGGGUUUAUCUGGCGGCGUCUCUUCCUGCCCUCCUGGUCACCAUUCUGGUGUUUAUGGACCAACAGAUCACCGCUGUCAUCGUCAACAGGAAGGAGCACAAGCUAAAGAAAGGGGCGGGUUACCAUCUGGAUCUGUUCUGGGUGGCUGUUCUGAUGGCCGUCUGCUCCUUCAUGGGUCUGCCGUGGUACGUCGCCGCCACCGUCAUCUCCAUCGCCCACAUCGACAGUCUGAAGAUGGAAACUGAGACUUCGGCUCCCGGAGAGCAGCCCAAGUUUCUGGGUGUGAGAGAGCAGAGGGUCACUGGUGUGUGUGUGUUCAUCCUGACAGGACUGUCUGUGUUCAUGUCUCCAAUUUUAAAGUUCAUCCCGAUGCCGGUGCUGUACGGAGUCUUCCUGUACAUGGGAGUCGCUUCUCUCAAUGGAGUGCAGUUCAUGGAUCGUCUGAAGCUGCUCCUGAUGCCGGCCAAGCAUCAGCCGGACCUGGUUUACCUGCGACACGUUCCCCUCAGGAAGGUCCACCUCUUCACCUUCAUCCAGGUGCUCUGCUUGGCUCUGCUCUGGAUCCUCAAGUCCACCGUGGCUGCCAUCGUCUUCCCCGUCAUGAUCCUGGCUCUGGUGGCCGUGAGGAAGGCCAUGGAUUACAUGUUCUCCCAGCACGACCUCGGCUUCCUGGACGACGUCAUUCCAGAGAAGGACAAGAAGAAGAAGGAGGACGAGAAGAAGAAGAAGCGGGGCAGCAUGGACAGCGACGCCGAAGACUCUGACUAUCCUUACAAUGAGAAUGUUCCCAGCAUUAAAAUCCCCAUGGACUUGAUGGAGCAGGAGCCCUUCUUAGGCGAUAAGGCCUCUGACAGAGAGAAGUCCCCAUCAUUCCUUGAACGACACACAUCGUGCUGAGCAGCUCCGCUACUAUCAGGCCAACUGCUUGUCCAGCCCUGAGAUGAGUCCGCUGAAGUCUGUGCCUCAGAUUAGAAUAGACAUGGACCCAGACGAUGAUAAUUCCUUCUUCUGGAGGAGCAGAGGAUCUGAAACAUCUCUGUAGAGCACCGAGCCACCGCCUGGCAGCACCACAACACUGUAUUGUACUGAUUCUUUUUAACUCUAAAUCUCCUCGACUUCAAGACUUCCUUUAAAUAAGUGGCGCUGGAACAAAAAGGGAAAAAGAAAACCUUUUAUUUUCACCUUUUACUUUCUGCACCGUCGUCUCUUGGUAUUUUUCUCACCACUCCACAGUCAACAGUGUUUGUAUUCAAACUGAUUAACUCUAUGCAACUCCUCCACAUAUCACUGAUCAACGGUAAACGCUGCCCUCCUUGCUCUUUUUAUAUAAAUAUAUAUAAAUAUCAUCUGUCUGAAUUUUUAUAUAAACCGAAUUACUCUAAUAACGUUUUCCUGUAGCAGGAAAAUUAUGUUUUUUUAUAGCUCUACCUCUUGCUGUAGAUUCGACGCUUGUCAUGAACGAAUGCAACAUGUUGAUUUUUAACGCAGCAUGGGGUUUUGAUAUUUUCUCUCUGUCCUCUUGUAGAGUUGAGAUGAUUCCAGAGAUUCACUGUAUUAUAGCCUGACAGGAAUAAAGAUAGAUAUUUAAGUUAAUUAACAGUUAAUUAACACUGCACAUUUGUGUGUGCACGAGGUAAAUAUUUUUAUCACGUUCUGAUGCAGUUCUGAUUGCUUCACCUUCCUCUUUCUAACUUUCUUUCUUUCACACGUUCACUUCGAAGCUUUUGUUACUCGUUUAAAUUAAAUCACGUUCCUCUUUUUUUUUAAUGAUUUCGUUGUGUGGAUGUCGGUAACGUUUCUCGUGUCUUUUUUCUUUUCUUUGCGCGUAGAACAGUUCAGCGAUACAUAACGAUCCGAUUUUCCUCAGCCAAACUUAAAGUCUAACUAGAAAAGCAUAUCGUGAUUGCUUGUGCUGCACAAACUACUUUACCUAAGUGGCUUAUAAGAGAUUGAUCCAGACUGAAAUUCAAACGAUUUGGGAAAAAAGGAUACAGGAAUCACGUAAAGCUCCGUGCAGUGGGACGGCUUCAGCUCACAGCGAGGAUAUUUGUGGUGUUGGAAUACUCUGAUGUUUUAGUUUCAUACGUUUAAGGAUGUGUCAUUAGAACUCUCUGCUGCAGCCUCUUCUUAACCCUCCUGUUGUCCUUAUUUACUGGCUCAAAUAGAAAUUGUUCCCUUGUCUGCAAAAAAUCCAAAAUUAUGAAAAAAAAUCCACAAAUUUCUGAAAAUUUGUAAAACCUUCAGGAAGAAAAUUCCAAUAAUUCCUUACAAGUUUUAUUUAAAAAAAAGAUUAGCAAGAAAUUUAUUGCAAAUAGUUUUUAAUUUUUUUAAAAAAUCUUCCAAAAAAAUCCUAAAAAUAUAAAAAAUGAUUCCAUAUACAUCAGUAAAACUUCCAAUAUUUUCUUUAAAAAAAAAUCUACCAAAAUCCAGCGAAUUUUGGCUGUUUUUUUGUGAAUGUUCUUAAGAAACAUUUCUUUUUUUCCACCAAAAACUAUUGAAAAUGUGGACAUAAAAAGUUUCACUGUGAAAAUAUAUUUUUUCCACAUUUUAAAAAGGGCUGAUUUGACCGCAGGACAACACGAGGGUUAAACAAAUUAGAGCUGCUGUUGUAUUCUGGAAGCUUCCUGGAUGCAAACGGACCAACAAAGAAACACAAAAAGAAAGUUUCAUAUAACAACACUGUCAUUAUUUUAUCUGGUUGUUCAACUCGACCGACUUCAACUGAGUCAGUCAGUGACCCCAUGCUAGUGAGCGCGACAUUAAACCCAAAGGACUUUAACAGUUAUUAUUAGUUCAUGUCUGUCUGAUAAAAUAAGGCUGAAAAUGUUGAAACUCCACAUUUACUCCAUGUUUCUGUUUCACAGUGUUUCCUGCAGAGUGGCCAGUAAGUCAAAUAAUAAACCAUCACAUCUGACAAACUGACAGAUUUCCAGUUUAUUUUAAUCCUGUGUGUUUCCUGUUAACAUGGCUACUGUUUCUGUAAGCAUCAGGAUGACUUUGCGCCUCCGUUUUUGAGAUUCUGGGAGAAAACAAGUUGCACAAAAAGGGCAACAACCACAACACUAACAAGAACAGCACUCAGAGAGCUCAGUACUCCACCAAGGCUGCUCAGGCAUCGUAUCAUUUCUGAUGGAUAAGUCCUGAUAAGUCCUCAGCGGUGGAUUUGUAGUAGGAUCACAGUCAUGUGAUCGUCAGCAAUCAGCUGAUGUAGUGUUCACUUGUUGUCAUGGUUACAGUGAUGUCGUGCUGCUAUCUCACAAUGAUACAGAAAUCUUUAACAAAUCCGUGGAUCCAGACUAUAAGCUGCAUCAUUGCCAAAAUCUAAUCACUUGAUCUUUGUGUCAUUUCUGACCUUCACUGAGAAUUUCAUCCAAAUCUGUUUUUCAGUAAUGUUGUGCACAGAAACACAACCGUACGCUGAUCGUCACAUAACGCUGCGUAUUAAUAAUAAAUCCUGUACUAGACUACAGAAAGUCUUAUACACAGUGAACUUAUUUUCAUCUGAGUGUCAAGAAAAUUUCAAUAGAACUUCUGAAAUGUUGUAAAUUUUUUAAUUAGGAUUGUUUUUAGAAAGCUUUGGAAGCUGUGCAGCGUCAGCGUCAGAAGGUGGCGCUGUCGGCUACGUGGCUGUAAUAAACAGCAGAAUUACUAAUUUACACGAGCUACUCUGAGAACAUUUCAUUGAGUCUCUAGGAACUAAAACAUCUCAUCAAAUCUCUAACGAAGCACACUUCAGAAUUUACUUGUUUUGGCAAAACUGUGGACAUCUUUUUGUUUGUUUUCAAAAACUUUCUUUAACUCAAAUACUUCAAAAAUGUGAAUAAAACCACGUUCUGAACACGCAGUUUGAGCUAUUUUCACUGAACUGAGGUAACUGGUCAAAACUAGAUCCUGUUCCUCUUAUUUCUGCACUUUUUCACUCAUUUGUUCCUCGUUUGCUUCGACCUCAGAAACUUCGUACAAACCAGAUUUCUGUUUGAUGAUUAAAGUUGUUCAUAAAGCCGUUGGUGCAACAACUUCUUCCUCCCUGAAUCUGUGCUGGUGGUGAAAACAAAGUUAUCAGAGCUACAUUAAUGUGAAACACAGCAGGUUGAAAUAAACUUUAAUUAACCCUUAAAGUCUAAAAUGUCUCCACUGAAUCGGUAUCACUGAAGCACUUUGUUUUUUAUUUGAAACCGUCUUCAUCGCCGCUACACGACGGCUCAAACCAAAACAGGAAACUCUAAAAGCACCGGGUGUUUGUUUUGUCUUGAGAUGAAGUCACAGUGUUUGUUUGUUUGUUUUGUUUGAGGAGCUGUUAGUUCAAAGAUCUACGACAUGAAGCGAGAAACUUAACUCUAGAAAACCGAACACUGAUACUUCCUUUCUUUUCUUCUUCUUUUUUUUUUUUUUGGAUUAACAUUUUUGUGACUUUCUAGACCAGGUGAAAUGGUUUAUGUUAGAAUUUAUAUUUUUCAAAUGAAAUGUACAUUGAAAAUAAACAGAGUUAUCAAACA